AUGACUUUCGAUCCGACCAAUGUCAAUCUUUCCACGGCCAGCAAGGAAGAUGUCCUCUGCUACUUCGCCGUUUCCGAUAAUGACUACAACGGUCAUCUCGGGGCUCGCAUCUCCUCUAUCUUCGUGAUUCUCUUCGUGUCCUCUGCCUUCACGGUCUUCCCGGUCUUGUCCAAGAGGAUGCCCUCUUGGAAGAUUCCCCAAAGCGUCUAUCUCUUCGCCCGGUACUUCGGCACGGGCGUCAUCCUUGCCACGGCCUUUGUGCAUCUUCUCGAUCCCGCCUAUAAACGGAUCGGUCCGAAGACCUGUAUCGGACAAUCCGGUUACUGGAGCGAAUACUCCUGGUGUGCCGCCAUCGUCCUUGGCUCAAUCGUGGUGAUCUUCCUGCUAGAUCUUGCAGCCGAGGUCUAUGUCGAGCAUAAAUAUGGCGUUUCCCGGGAUGAAGAGGCCACGAACGUCUUCCUCCAAGAUCCCAACGCCCCAGACUGGAAUCAACCCACUCCGACCGGUCAAGAGAAGCAGGGAGGUAUCGAAACAUGGUCCUCAGAAGGCGACAGCAUUUCAGCCGAGCGCUCUUUUCGCCAACAGAUUGCGGCCUUCCUUCUCCUCGAAUUCGGUAUCAUCUUCCACUCCGUCAUCAUCGGUCUCAACCUGGGCGUGACAGGCUCGGAGUUCGCCACCCUCUACCCUGUCCUCGUCUUCCACCAGUCUUUUGAGGGGCUGGGAAUUGGCGCACGCAUGUCUGCCAUUCCAUUCGGUAAACACACUUGGCUUCCGUGGAUUCUGUGUGCUGCCUACGGGUUGACCACUCCUAUUUCGAUCGCAAUCGGGCUAGGAGUGCACACGACGUAUACACCCGGCUCCAAGGUGUCCCUGAUCAUCCAAGGUGUGUUGAAUGCGAUCUCGGCCGGGAUCCUGAUCUACACCAGUCUUGUGGAGCUAUUGGCCCGCGACUUCUUGUUUGAUCCGAGCCGCACCAAGCGACGAUCCAAGCUUCUGUUCAUGGUCGGAUGUACCUUGUUAGGCGCCGGAAUUAUGGCGCUCAUCGGAAAGUGGGCUUGA